UACGCGGCACGCACUGAAGAAACUAAAAACAGGCACGCCGAUUCGGCAUCGUAUCCUCGCAGACGACGCUUUUCGCCGAAGUCUUGUGCUGCUCAAGGCCAAAACGUCCUCCCCCGGCGCUCUCACUUCCUCGCCCGGAAACCGUUAAUAUACCGCCCCCGUCGGCGCGCCGCUUAUCGUCGAAAACAGGACCUACGUCUCCCUCGUCGAACUUUGCGCUUCCUGCGAAGUUGUGGAACGCUUCGUUGAUUCAAAAUGGCGGACGUUGGCGACAGCAGUCUUGUGGUCGAAAUGAUUUCCUCGGCUCGCGGCAAACUCAAGGCAAAGAGAGGAAAGUGGACGUACACCAUGGACAAGCGUGUAAAUGACAGAUUUCACUGGCGUUGUGACUUAAGACCGUGUCGCGGCAGGUUGACGACGGACUUGUACGAGGGACGACAUAUGUUUUAUCGCGCCAAGCCUCACUGUCAGGAGACGCACCGUAAGUACAGACCUCAGGGAAUGGUGCUGCCGCUCAAAGUGACUCCUCUGGAACCAGUUGAGGAUCAAGACGCCACUGAGAACGGGACGCAACAUGACGAUUCGCCGACGCCCUUGAAAGAACGUGCUCGCAUCGGCGACUACGUCUACGUCCUGGAACACGUCCGUGGGAAGCUCCACUUCUGGCGCUGCGAACGCCGCAGCUGCACGGGCCGAUGUCGCACUCUCGACGGCAUCAUGGUGGCGGGACCAUCGGAGCACGCGCACGAUCCAGCGAGCAACAGUGGAAAACCCUCCGAAACCGGCCAAGACUCUCCAGCAGUACCUGCAAUUGCCUGGCAGUCGAGUCAAACACCAGAAUACAUCGCUCUCGAACCCAACAUAGUGAUCGAGGACGGACAAGAAGACUCGGAAGGCGACGUCGUACAACCAGAGGUUCCUACAGCUCCUACACAGCCCAUGGAACAUAUCAGCCAGCAAUCACCAGCGUUACCCCCGCCUCCACCGUUGCAGAUAGGCGGAAAGACGGCGAACAAAUCGGGGACUAGAUACGCUUUCGUCACACCUGCAACAUCCAAUCGCGUCUCAACACCCAGUGACCUCAGUGGCCUCAAGAUCAACGCCGUGUUGGGCAACGCGGACAUGAUGGGAACACCGCAACUUUCCAUCAAGAGCGAAAGCGACCAAAGUUCGUUCUGGGAAAACGGCAUCAGUGAGGACGGUUUAAGUUCCGACUGGUCGCAAUUGAAGAGACACAAACGGAACCGACUGGACAUUCUCGAAUUGUCUGGACUACCGCGAACAGACUCGUUGGACACCAGGGAGAGGGAACUCAGGUUAGACGUCCUCUUGCAGACACGGAGGCUGUUGGAAGCCGAGACGGAGUUACUGGUACAGCAAAGGAAGAACGAGGAACUGCGAUACCAAAUACUUCGGAGGACGUACAAAGAUACGCUGGGUACCUAAGGUACUGGGCGGGAGGUUUUGUGUGGAUGAUGUCAAGGCUGGUACUACCUGAUGGUGAGGUCAUCUGACGUCGCCUGUGGUGCAAUAAAAAACAAUAAGUAUUA